UUAUAGUUCACUGCGUCUCGGUGCCGGCCCACAUUUCCAGUAUCUUAGCCCCUGCGGAAAGACUCUAAAUAUCAAGAGGAUUGGGGGUUUUCUGCAGUGCCAGGAGGUACACAGUAGGCUGACUGUGUCUGGAGUCUUUUCCUGGUGUGCAUCCUGACUCUCCCGCUGGAUAUUUCCGUAGGCUGUCCUUAACCCUGGCGCCCGCGGUAUUGGAUCAAAGCUGCCCGUCGGCAAAUCAAGUUUGACUUAAGGUUGAGUGAGGUGGAAGGUUUGUCCUCAUCCUCCGUAUGCAGGUUUCCUGUGUUGGAGUCCCACUGGGGAAAUAAGGGUAACAUAAAUAGCAUGACGGAGGCACACGGGAAGCUCAGUAAAGUGAUGAGGUGAGCGAGGACGGAGGAGGCUGAAGGAGCUCUCUACUACCCGCUAAAGGCUUACGUGAGCAGCCACUGCCUGUGUCCUAUCCCCAGGAGGAGACUGGGUCCUCUGGGUGAAAUCCCUCAAAUGCUCCAGAGGCGCCAUGAGCCACACCUGGAGAGGCCCCCUCACGACUCCAUAGACUGCCCUCGCUCCUGCACCCCCUCCCCCUCCAUCCCGGGACCCCUCUGACCCCCCCCCCCCCCCCCCCCCCGCUGCCCAUUGGACGAAGAUGAAGAGGGUGGGCCAGUGGUCGGCGGAGGAAGUCUCCCGUUGGCUGAACGAGGAGGGGAUGCAAGAGUACAACGACGCCCUCCACCGCGCGGACGGCCCCGCCCUCCUGCGCCUCUCCGAGGCCGACUUCCAGACUCCGCCCCUCUCGCUCGUCUCCUCCGACAACGGACGCCGGCUCCUGGAGCGCCUGGAGACGCUGUGCGUCGAGACCCACAUGGAGGCCCACCAGAACGGGCACGCCAACGGGCACGCGGGGCUGCCAAACGGCACCGGCAAGCCCCAGAGGAACGGCUCGUCGUCGGCGUCGGGGCAGAACGGCUACCGGAAGGACAUGGUCCACAUCCCCAUCCCCAUGGGCGACUCGGAAUACUUGGUGGCCUUCCCCUCCGAGUGGGGGAAGACGGGCGUGGCCUUCCUGUACGCCGUGGUGUGCUUCGUCACCACCACCGUGGUCAUCUCCGUGGUCCACGAGAGGGUGCCGGCGAAAGAGCACACGCCGCCACUCCCGGACAAGUUCUUUGACCUGUUUGACCGGGUGGAGUGGGCCUUCUCUAUCUGCGAGAUCAACGGCAUGCUGCUGGUGGGGCUCUGGCUGCUGCAGUGGACCCUGCUCAAGUACAGGUCGAUCAUCGGACGUCGAUUCUUCUUCAUCGUGGGGACCCUUUACCUGUACAGGUGUGUCACCAUGUACAUCACCACCCUGCCCGUUCCAGGGAUGCACUUCAAGUGUUCUCCAAAGCUCUUUGGAGACUGGGAGGCUCAGAUUCGGAGGAUCAUGAAGAUGAUUGCAGGCGGGGGCCUGUCCAUCACCGGCUCUCACACCAUGUGCGGAGACUACCUGUACAGUGGACACACCGUCAUGCUAACGCUAACUUACCUCUUCAUCAAAGAGUAUUCCCCUAAAAGGCUUUGGUGGUACCAUUGGUUGUGCUGGAGCCUGAGUGCCGUGGGUAUUUUCUGUAUCUUGCUGGCCCAUGACCACUAUACUGUGGAUGUGGUGGUGGCCUACUUCAUUACCACUCGCCUCUUCUGGUGGUAUCACACCCUGGCCAACCAGCAGUCUCUGAAGGAGACCUCACAGAGCAACCCCUUCUCCAGGGUCUGGUGGUACCGCCUCUUCCAGUACUUUGAGGAAAACGUCAAGGGCAUCGUCCCUCGGAACUAUCAGUUGCCGGUGUCGUGGCGAGCGCCGCUGUGGAGCAGGGGGGUGAAGUACAGUAGACUUGACACUCAGUGACCCGGGUCACGUGACAGAGGUGGAGGCUGUGCAAAAAGACUACUAAAGUGCUGCUCUGACCAAUGGCAAAAGGCUUGACCGACCCGGCGCUGUUCCCGUCACUGUAGCUGUACUGUCUGACUAUUUAAUGUCCAACUGGCUAGCACUGUGACCCUUCUCUUCCUCUUUGGUUCUCAACAUCAUUUCUUUCGGUUUGUUAUUUCUUUGUCUUUGGGGGAAAAUGUGGUUUUUAACGAAAACUGAGAGUACUACUUACAUCAUCAUUUUGUUCUCUUUUUUUUGGGCCACAAUGCAAUUACUUUUUCUUUUUUUUUUGCAGAUCUGGUUAGCAUUUGAAUAUCAUGUUUAAGUUGUUUUAUUCGGUUAGGCAUUCCCUUUAGGGGUCUUUGUUGUUGUUGCAAAUAUGCAUGUUUGGUCCUCCAUGUUCUUAUAAGGUCUACUACUAAGUGCAAGCUGUGUCACUGAAAUGUUCAUUUACAUUUAAUAACCAAAAUGCCAUAAGCAGUCACUGAGAGUUUCAAAACUUCUUUUCUAACAAAAUUGUUUUUUUGUAAAAUAUCCUUGUGCGUUUCCAAAAAAACAACAAAAAAGGAUUUUUGUAAAAUAUUUCAACUUUAUUUUUCAAAAACAAAUGUCCAAAAGAAUAUUUUUAGAUUUCUACUUUUUUCAAAACAGAAAGCUGAGAACAGAAGAAUCUAAAGUGGUAUUUAGCAUUGUUCUAGUGCCUUCCUUAGCUAGCUUGAUUGUACUACCUGUGUCUGUGAUCCUCUGCCUCUCGUGUUUCUGUCUGGCUGUCCACACUGUGGCGUCUAGGGCAGUGAGCACUUAAAGCAUAGUCUUGUUCGCAUGAAUGUACAAGUAAUAUUGCCAGCCUUAUUUCAAAUUUGUCUUCCCACAAUUAACCACAGUGAGAUGAGUAAAAGGUCCUGUUUGUUCAUGGCAGCAUACUGAAAUCAGUUUUUUUCCUGGUCAGCAAAGAUUAUUAUGACAGAAGCAGCUGACUGUUAACUUGAUUGUUGACACCCUGGUGAUAUCCUGAAUAUCACCCAGUCUUGACUGUGAUGAUGUUCUAAUCGGGUCCUUGCGAGUCAUUGUUGUACUUCCUUUAAUUCUCACUAACUUUUAACAAACCUAUGAUUAAUGUAAUUAUCAUGUUGGUUGUCUCAGAUCUCUGGAACUUAAUGGUGUAGUUGAUGGACUGUUCCUGGUUGCUUAAGGUUGGGGCUAAAGACUUGGAUCUACUACUGCAAGCCUUUGAUAGAAAUCCAGUCCCUUCCCUGAUGUCUAGCAGCUAUGAGGGGAGCAAAGCAGCGUGUCCAUCCUGCUGUCAGGCACAGUCACAACAGUCAUCCUCAUGUCAUUGUAAGGAGUCAUCAGUCUUGUGUCUUUACACAUCUAGGGUUAGUUUAAUAGGAGUCAGGUCAUGGUGUGACUUGUGCCCUCUCCAAAUUGGUUAGUAUCGGGCUCUGAGAAAAAUGUUAGUUGUGUGGAAUGCAAUGCCAAACCAACUACAGUCACUACUACGAGCUGGUCAUUUGCCAAAAUUGCAAAGUGGUUCAGGAAAAAUCAGAGCUAGGACAAAACGUUAAUGUAAGGUGUAAGAACACAAGACUGGCAAUGUCCUUCUGUAGCAUGAUCUCCAUGAAUGGGAAUUAUGGUCUUUGUUUAUGGUUGUGGAGACAGUUGCACGUGAAAUUCCAAUAGGGCUGUGUAAUAAAAAAUGGCCCAAGCUCAAUUACCUUUUUAUGGCUCAACUAAUGACACAGCAUUUUAUAAACUAAACUGAAGGCUGAACCUGAGCAAGUUAUAUCAUUGUCACGGUUAAGUUACCUUCAAAUAGGUAUAACAAUUUGAAUGGUAUUGAUUGCAAUUCUCUCAGUUGUCCCAAAGAAAGGCAUCACUAAAAGGAAUUGGUGAAUCCUGCAUUGAUAUGAUAUGAAAUUUGCAAUGACUGUAUGGUAGACAUACUUAAUGUAAUGUUGGUUUGGAAGGUGUUAUAAACCCUCUUAAACCUAGUUUAGGCUUAGUUUUGUUAUCUAUGGCAUGAAGAUACAGUAUACUGUACUUUGACCGCUUGCUAGUACAUGUAAAACCUACUGUAGCCAAUGAAGGAUGUCUACAUGUACUGGAGGCUAACCUAAUGCUGAUCCCUUAAAAGCCAUCUAUACAUGUGAUGUGAGCGAGGUUGGAUAACGUUCUUCUUCCUGUAACAUUGUUUUGUUAACAGAGGGCAGCCACCAGUGCUGGGAUGUUGAAACCAUUUCAGAAAUCCUUAUUCAUGUGUUGCAAAUCCAACACACGGGGCCAGAAGUCCAUAAGAGGUUUGCUCCAUGUGCUGGACAGAAAAUGGGUACCUAGAGAAUUUCCAGAUCAUGACCUUGGUGUGCAUGUAUUUUUGUGUUUUAGAAUGGUUGUAGUCUACAUGUCUAACUCCAGUGUUGGAAGACAGACUUGUUUGCCAAGCAAGCUGGGAAAAAAAUGUUAUGAAAGUUAAUGUAUUUCUGUAUGUUAAUUUUAUGUGAAUCAGCAAUUCAUGUUGUAAUUUCUGUUGUUUAUUAUAAUGUGUUUACCAGAUGUUUUUAAGAUGUAUGCUAAUUGAAUAUGACAGAGGAACCUACCUGGAAAGCUUUCCAAUAAAGCGUUUAUUAUUCUGUA